AUGAUCCGCUCCCGCGCAUUCGCGGUUGCUGCCCGCCAAUGCCUGCGGAGGGCUAGCCAACAACCUCGAUGGGUGCCUGGCUGUUCACAGGUGCCGUGCAGAAGCUAUGCAGUUGCGAAGCAAGACCAGGUCGCGAAAUUCAAAGGGAAAACAGGCUCAGACGGAAAAUAUACUGUGACUCUGAUAGAAGGCGACGGUAUCGGUCCUGAGAUAUCACAGUCUGUCAAAGAUAUCUACUCAGCCGCCAAUGUACCUAUCAAGUGGGAGCCAGUCGACGUAACACCGCGGUUGAAGGAUGGAAAGACAGUAAUCCCAGACGAGGCGAUCCAAAGCGUGCGAAAAAACUACGUUGCUCUGAAAGGUCCUCUGGCUACGCCUAUCGGCAAAGGACAUGUCUCCCUGAACCUAACUCUCCGCCGAACUUUCAACCUUUUCGCCAAUGUGCGUCCUUGCAAGUCCAUUGCGGGCUACAAGACACCCUACGACAACGUUAAUUUAGUUCUCGUCAGAGAGAACACAGAAGGAGAGUACUCGGGCAUUGAACACGUCGUUGUAGAUGGUGUCGUGCAAUCCAUCAAACUGAUAACCCGCGAAGCUUCUGAGCGAGUACUACGGUUUGCUUUCCAAUACGCCGAAGGGAUCGGCAAACCCAAGGUGAGGGUAGUACACAAGGCCACCAUUAUGAAGAUGUCCGAUGGCCUAUUCCUAAGCACGGCACGGGACAUCAGCAAAGAAUUCCCCAACGUCCAAUUCGACACCGAACUCCUUGAUAAUGCUUGUUUGAAAAUCACAACAGACCCGGCACCUUACAGCGAUAAGGUGCUUGUGAUGCCCAAUCUUUACGGCGACAUCCUAUCGGACAUGUGCGCUGGCCUGAUCGGCGGCCUCGGCCUGACUCCUUCCGGCAAUAUUGGAGACGAGUGCUCUAUUUUUGAAGCUGUUCAUGGCUCCGCCCCAGACAUCGCAGGCAGAGGCCUUGCGAACCCUACCGCAUUGCUGUUGAGCAGCAUCAUGAUGCUGCAGCAUAUGGGCCUGAACCAUUACGCAGACAAGAUCCAGAACGCUACCUUUGCUACACUAGCAGAGGGCAAAAUGUUGACGGGCGACUUGGGUGGGAGGGCUAAGACACAUGAGUAUGCUGAUGCUAUUAUCAGGAAGCUGAAGGUAUAA